AUGGCAAUGGCUAAAAAAGAUAGGAAUACAAGGUUCGCUGAAAAGGCUUUUGAAAUGGUCGAUAAAGUGAAUGGUAAGUCUCAGAAAAUAAUCCCUAAACCAUAUGUUCCUAGAGACGAGUUCCCUUCUCAGUUUAUCGACCAUGCCAACCGUAUUGAGAAGCCGAAAGAACGGGCUAUUACUUGCGACGAGGCGGUCAAACUCUAUGGAGGGGUGCUCAUAAAAGAAUUUCGUAAUUAA